AGGGAGGGAAUGUUGGAGGAGAAGAGCUGGAAAGGCGUCGGCGAAGCAGCUUUUGACAGGGGGUGCGUGGCUCCCCCCAGGACCGGCGAUGGGGAGAGAUGCUGCCGCCUCCCUCUCCUGCUGGGCUCGGGGCUGCCUGGCAUCUCCCUGCUCUCUCUGGUGCUGAGCCUCCUGCUGUACUUUCGGACCUCGGAUCUGCAGUCCCGGGUGUCCCACUUGGAAGCGGACAGACCCGCACAGCUCCCUGCCUGGCUCUCAGCAGACCAAAUGGAGACAGCUAUUUUGGGAAGAGUUGACCAACUGCUUGAUGAGAAAUUAAAGUUCCACUUGCCAAGGCAUCGAGAAGUUCGAGACACGCCCCAGCGAUGCAACUGCCCGGCAGGUUGGGAGCCUGCAGCGCUGGAGGCGGUCAGCCGUGCAAGCAGGGAAGCGGCUCGGAGGGAUGCCGAAUGA